UGGAUGAGGUGUCAGGAGAUGGACCGGACAAGGGGAGGGGGAGGGGAAGGGGGAGGGGAAGGGGGAGGGGGAGGGCGAGGGGGAGGGGCAGGGGAAGGGGGAGAGGGAGGGGAAGAGGUCGCGGCCGUGGUGGACCUGGUGGGGGGAGGGCAGGGGCGAUUGGUGCCGGCAGUGGCAUUCCGCCGCUACACCCGCCUCCUCAAUCCUCCCGCUGCAGAAAUGCUCGGCUCCCGUUUCCGCCUCGCUCGCGACAUGCUCGUGCAGAGCGAAGCCGCGCGUGAGCGCCAGCUGCAGGACAUUGUCGGCGAUGGUGCGGCAGGGAAGGUCUCCCUCACCACGGACAUUUGGUCCAGCCCGGCGCAAGAUGCUUUCCUUGCCGUCACAGCGCACUGGAUCACGACAGACUUUCAGCUGCGUCAGGCGCUGCUAGAGUGUCUGGCGCACAUUCUGAACCUCGCGGUCCAGAAGGCACUUGGUGUCCCAGCAGUCCUCGAGCCGCUCAAGCGUAUGCGGGAGAUUGCGUCGUUCAUUGGGUGGAGCACGACGCGCUCGGACGCGUUCGAGGACGAGCAGCUGCGACUGGCGGGUCAGGGCGGCCACCAUUGAGCUCUAGGGCCAUGCAGACAUGGCAUAAUGAUUGUUUAGUGAUUGUGAACAUAG